UUCUCGAUCCUUGGAUUCCAUUCAAGUUCAACUUCAAUGGGCAAACCCGAGAGGAAAGCGAGAGAGAGAGUCUGCUCUUCGUCUUCUUAUUUUCUUCGUUGUUUUGGGAUCUGCCGGAAAAUACACGUAGACAAACCGAUGGUAGAAAUUGGCCAAGAGAAGAAGAAGAAGAAGACGAGAAGUCGUUGGUUCUCGCGAGCGACAAAAUUUCGUUUUAAGAACGGCGAGAUCACAACGACAACGAUCUACGAGACGCAGAAACAGAACCUGACUAUUGAAGAUGAUAAGCAAAAUCUGUUUCAGGUGAUACGUCAAGUUACUGAUCGGAAGAAUAACGUUGCCGUUGGACAGGAAACUAAAGAGAAAGACACUAACGAAGUAAGAGACAUAAACCCGGAUCCACUGAGUUUCUCAGGAUACUACACAUGUCACGAUGUACGGGCGUGGACUACAGUUCAUGGCGGGAAACUCGACCCGGUUAAAACCGUCGGGUUCGGGUCAAAGCCGAAGGAGUCGAAGGAAAAGAAGUCGUCACUGGUCAGGAAAGUGUCGCGGGUUGACCCGGUAAUCGGGAUAAUAAUCAUAAUGCUAACGCUAAUGAUAAUGUUGAUGUGGGGACGUUUGUGCGCGAUUCUUUGUACAUCCACUUGGUGUUACUUUCUUCCUCGUCUCAAAGAAGCUGCGAUUGCGGCCAAACGCAAACGCAGUGGUGGCGGCAAAGCGAAUGGUGUAUCGUUUCCGGGUGAUUUGGAUUUGAACUCCGAGGCCUAUAAGAAAAAAGUCGUUUUGGAAGGAUUUCUUGUUCGGCAACACCGCGUUUCACUGUGA